AUGGUCAUAGUGGGCAAUGAUGAAGCUCUUGGACCUCCUCUUGGCUCUCCAAUUGAUGUGGAUGAUAGUGAGGACAGUGAUAACGAGGACAAUGAUAAUGAGAACAGUGAUGGGCUAGAGGAAAUUAUUCAUGGAAAUCAAAUGGUUGGAGAACCGAGAGUUGAUAUGAUGUUUGAUUCUGAAGAAGAGGUUAUAGCAUAUUAUAAGCAGUAUGCCAAGCCAGUUGGUUUUGGAGUGACAAGAAGAACCUCUAAAAUUGGAGAUGAUGGAAAGUUAAGAUAUUUCACAAUUGCAUGUGUCCGUGAGGGCAAGUCAAGAAGCAAAUCAUCUAAUAUUGUUAGGCCAAAACCAAUGGAGAAAAUGGGGUGCAAGGCGAAGAUCAAUGCAAAGUUAACUACCAAUGGAAGGUUUACAUUGUCUACCGUCGUGCUUGAAGACACUCAUGUUGUAAGCCCAUCCUAG